AUGUACAUCAUACAAACCACAACAGCAGUUUUGAUCGCUUUUUUGGCCCUCCUCGCGUGGGACGAGGUUCGGAACCGCUUGUCAAAAGGGCGUACGAGGAACAAGGAUCCCGAAGCUCCAGACAGCCCUAGGAGGUUAUCGUUCAGAGGGUGGAGAUUCAAAGUUGUAGAGAAAAGUCCAGAGGUUGUUGUCACCAAAGGGAAACCACUCGUUCCUAAACCAACCGUCGAAAUACCUUCCGUGGCAGACGUGAACGAGCUGUGGACUUACAAACGGCUCUACCACAAACUCCAUAACCUCGAACAUCAUUUCGAGAUACUACCUGAGUGUCGCGAGCUCCUUUUGUCCUUCUUGUCAUCCACACUCGAUGAUGCGCUUCGAGAUCCGGACAGUGGUAUCCUCUCCGUGAAAGAAUUCUCUCGUGAAGAGCUGCAUCAAUUCCUCAAGGAGAAGGAUUUCGGUGUGACCAAUCGAUGGGAGGAGUACCUGGCCCGUCGCAGAGCUGGAGGAUCCCGUGAGGUUUUUGGUGACAUGGAAGAAGCCAAGUGGUGGUUAAAGCAGGCUGCCCCAGUCAAGUACGUUGACGGCGCCUGGCUUGGCCACAUCAACAAGAUUACUACACCUUUCAAGUACCGCAAUAUUACCAAGAACGCAUGGCAGGUGAUGUCAGAAGAGCUUGGAGACGGCGACCUUGCGAAGAACCACGUAUACGUUUAUCGACAGCUGAUGGAUGACAUUGACGCCGGACUCCCUGCCGCAGACUCGGAGGAUUUCAUUGAUUCUUGUCACAACUUGGACCAGACCCGUUGCUGGAAGGCUGCCGUAGCUCAAUUGCUCAUUUCGCUCUUUCCACAUGACUUUCUACCAGAGUCGCUGGGCUUCAACAUGGCAUAUGAAAGCUUGCCGCUUCAUCUGUUGAAAACAGUCAAAGAACUCCGCGAGGUUCGACUCAAUCCGUACUAUUUCGAACUGCAUAUCUCUAUCGAUAAUGCAGAUUCAGGUCAUGCUGCAAUGGCUAUGGCUGCAGUUGCAGACUAUAUUGACCGAAUCGAACAGGACGAAGGAGCGGCAGCAGCGAAGGUCGCUUGGAAACGAGUACAAGCUGGAUAUGUUCUCGCUGAAGGCUUGCCGACAACUCCCGAAAGUCCAUCGUUGAAGGUAGAAGCUGAGGAGACGUUCCCUCGUACCGAAACGGAAGCGGCGCUACUAAAUAUCUUUGCUGCAAAAGCCUUCGUUGCACACAAAAUUCAUUGCAACAGCCGCCUCAAAAUUGGCCGUCGUUCCUUGGUAGAUUGGCUUGAGCCGGAAGCAUUUACCGACAAGCAGUGGCAGAGGGAAUUCAUCUACGACUUGGGCAGUUGUAAGCCUUGGGUAGUCAAAGGGGAGAGCGAGAACAGCAGGCUUGUGAAAGAGCUAUCCUGGGAGGGCAAAAUGUUCGGCAGCUUUACCCAGACGGAAGUUGAGGUUGUGAAGACGUGGAUCGAUAACCUUGGUUCGCCAGUGCAGACGCCUCAAACCGACCCUAGAGUGUACUUCGACUUUACAAAGCAGCCGUCUGAGCCUUCAGAAACUGUCAUUCCGGUGAAGCCAGAUAUAUUCGUCGAUUAUCCUGUCUCUUCGACUCUCACACUCUCGUCAUUGGACUUUGCACACGAAGGUUUCGACUUCAAAGCUCUCGAACUUACCACAGAUAAAGUAAAUCUCCUAGACCUCCUUCCCUUGUGGUUUACAUCGCCCGCUCUUCUCGAAAGUCUGCCAUCCGUACCCGUGCGCGCGGCAGAUGCUUUUGGUUCCGCACUUGUUCGAGUACUGCGAGCUCAGACUGGUUUUGACGUCGAAGGUCUUGGUGUAGCGGGCAUGGAUGAGGUCCACCGCACUGGCAGCGGCCAGGCAUCCGGCAUCGUUGAGCUAGGGCUGGAGAUUUGCCGCCGGGCAGACAUAUGUGUGCCAGCGACCUUGAAAGACAUCGUGGGCUCGAGUAAUGCAGAGUCAGUCGCUUUCGCGCGGUGGAUGAUGAGCUUAUCUACGCAUUGGCUGACCCACUGUGACGUGCUCAUUGGCAUGUCUUGGGCUUUUAUGGAGCUGCAUGAACUGAUUGCUGGACUCGAACUUGAGAAUUCGAUUUUGAGCCCUGAGUCUGCACAAGUCCUGCAGGGCAUCGCGCGUAGGGAGAGGGCUGGCUUGGAGGCCUGUGAGAGGGAUAUCUCGGAGUCUGAGCAGCGCAAGAGGGACUUUGAGAGGGGUCUCGCGACUGCAAACAGAGCGAUAAGAAGGUUUUCUAUAUAA